AUGCCACUUGAGCUAAAGAAAGUUCCUAGGGUCCGGGUGCCAUUAUCGGAAGAGGACAUUCUCCGUGUGGCCCACCGUAUGCAGUCAAACAGGCGUGGCCAGAUCAGCUACCAGGAACUGGCGACCACAGUCCGGAACCGGAUACGAGAGGACCGACUGAUUACCCGGCGUCAGGAGAUUAUUGAGAAGAAGAAGAAGGAGGAGAGGCGACGUAUCUUGCAGUCGGACAAACCGCUGAACGCGCCCUCUAACGUCACGUACCUGCCCACGCUCUACAGCAUGUUCGGACAGCGGGAGCGGAGCGGUCAUACAACCAUCAUCUCGCCUACCAUCGCGGGAAGCUUCAGUAGGCGGGGCUCCAUCUUCACGCCCCUCCCAUCUAUUCGGGGAGAAGGACGCGAUUCGUCGAAGCGGCGGUCACCGAUGUCACUGUUGAGGCAGGGGCUUCAAGGAGAUUUGUCUUCUUUCCCUGGACGCACUAAGUCCAGGACGGACUCUAGAGGGGGCGUGGCAGUUGGGAAGGAGGCGGGGCAGGAUAACCAAGGGGCGGGGUCUUCUUACGUCAAUCAGUUACGCCGACAGCAGACUGGCGGGGAUGUGUACGGACGUCACAAAUACAUCUAAAUAUUCUCAUUCUCAGCCAGUGUGCAGGCACAGAAAUUUCAAUCCAAUGUGGCAAUGCUUCAGAUUGGUCGCACAAGGGGGCUAUCCCGAAAAAUGCUGUUUUGAGAAAAUCGAAGGUAAAGUUUUUGCCC